UACGGCUGUUCGCUAGAGGCUAGCACGCAUUAUUUGCCAGAGUUCACGUCCGUCAACAGCGUCGGCACUUGCUCAACCGCAAGCCUUCCGGUAUCCAAACUCCUCUUGUCCUCGUCCCGUCCACCUCUCUCCUCUGGCCCGUUCCCUCAGUUUUGCUCCUACCCCGCAAAAUUACCCUGUUUCCAUCCAACGUCUUGAGUUUCCACGUGCCCUCGAGCCUCUACACACACACACUAGUUGACCAAAAUACAUACUAAGACGCACAGACUAGCAAAGCAAACAAAGGGACGCUAAUAUUCUUUGUCACAGCGUAAAUGAAUCUCGUCGAACAAAUGAACAAUAUCCCUACCUCCUCCCUCCCCUCUCCCAACGCACACUCGGUCUCCUCCACCACUAGUAUCAGCCUCAGAAAGGACUCCGAUCAAACAGCCAGUUUUACAGGCUUCAAAGACAUAAACUACUCUCAGUCCUCCGAUCCCUCAGAAGGCGCUAGCACUAGCACUCACGCUCAAACGCCUUACAACCAAUACGCAUGCAUCCGAUGCAGAAGGUUGAAGAAAAAGUGUUCCAAAGAACUACCAAAAUGCGCAAACUGUGACCGACAGGCUGAAUGUUGUGAGUACGUGGAAAGGAAAAAUAAGAGGAAGUCUUCCAUUAGCCACAAUUCAGUUUCAAUCAUCAAGUUGAAGAAAUUACGCAGUAGUAGCGAUAGAAAAGCGGAUGGUAUCGAUGAUGGCGGCAAUCCUCUCUCUGGCUCCAAUUCUGAUUCCUUUUCUGAUAGUGAAGCAACAACCGAUAUCCCUUCCAUCCUCCUGGCUAAUAGUCAAUAUUCUGUUUCUAAACAUUCUGCGGAUACUACUGACAUACGCCAUAGAAGAACCAUUUCAAAUCCGACAAAAUUGGCGGCUCUAUCGGGUACCACUUUCCCUACAAAUGAUAUACUAUAUUCCUCUGCGGCCCCCUUUUCUACGCCCUACACUUACAAUAGAGGGUCGAGUUUACCUUCCCCGAAAAGUUCCAACAUAAGGACUACUCCCACCAUUCAAUUGCCUCCGAUCAGGCAAAUCUCAACAAAAAUAAAUCAACCUGCGGGUCAGGAUGAUCAGUUACCCACAUUGGGAUCCUACUCUUUGCAACAAAGUAUUAACCCUCUGGUCAACAACAAUACUGCAAACAUCAGAGGUGACCCUCCAAACAAUUCAGCACUGGAAUCGAAUAUCCUACCAUCGAUUCCGAAGCAACUAAUGAAAUCACAUCUAGCUCACUUUUCCGACUCUAGUCCAGGUUCUCCAUUUGUUACGUCUUCCUCCGCGUCUUACAUGGCCUCUUAUCAAUCAAACAUCUCCUCGGAUGAAAUAAAAAGUAGAAAAUUAAGUAUUUCAGCCUCACUAUCAUCUUCCUCUCAGAGGGAAAAGACUUUCUUGCUUCCUUCAAAGCAGCUUUUGAAAGCCGAAGAUCUCAGCAUUCUCAAUCAAGAUACCAAUUUUGUUAGAUCAAAUGGAUUGUUUGACAUUUCUCCCCCGAAUUCUCUGGAACAGGACCUACUCAAUCUAAUUUUCAAGAAAAUGGGCUUUAUUGAUGAAAGCAUAUUGACAACAAUUACCAACCACAAUCCGCAAUUGGAUUACCAAAAUACUUUGGGUCUUUUAUCAAAAUUGCUUAUUUUUCUAGAUCAGAAAGUGAUGUUUGAAAAACUCAAAGAGUUCAAAGAGACGAGUUUCAACUGGAAUGAAACUAGCAUUCAAAAUCGUGAAAAUUACUUUGCUUCUAUCGAAUUUCUAUUGAUUUAUACCUGUUCCAUUUUAGUCACCAACCGUCAAGCUCGUAUCGUAAACUCAAAUUAUCAUAAACUAGUUUUCACAAUGGCUUACAAGUUAUUCCAAAAAAAAAGCUUUCCUGUAACACGUGUCCAAAUACUUCGAAUCAUGAUGCUCUUUGAAAUCAUUACUCUUUUAGAUAAUUCAGACCUUGACACGGCAUGGUUUAUUCAUUCAAACUUAUCAAGUUAUUCACUCAAGUGGGAGUUGAAUAGAAUUAUGAAAAGAAAGAAUUUAUCCGGGGUUACUUUGUCUGAGCUAGAGUAUACAAAUAGGUUGUUUUGGAGUAUAUUUGUGGCUGGCUCUUUAAUAUGCUCAACUUUGGGUCAACAGCCAAAGUUUUCCUUGAACGAUAUUGACGUCCCACUACCAAUUGCAAUCACCAAAGAUGAAGAAGCUAGAAUAGUUACCCAGGUCAUCAUUAUCAAUAUGUGUAAAAUCCAGUCGCAAAUAAUCUCCGAAUUAUAUGUUUCCAACGCUAAGUCACAGAUUAACAAUGACUCAGAGAGGUUUGCAAUUUUGUCAGCCUUACGGCAAGAUGCAGACACAUGGUAUAAUGACUGUAGAGUUUCACUAUCAAGAAUACCUCAACUUCUGCAUGAGAAUAAGCUAAAAAUUGAGCCUGAUGUUAGGAGCAAUAUAGACGAAUCAUUUGGUAUGAAUCUUCAAGCUUUUGCUGCAUGGGUAUCACAAGAAUACUAUUAUACACUCACUCAGUUAUUUAAGUCCUCAAACUUGUUUCCGAAGCCAGAAAUCCCAAACUUUACAGUCAUAUCCAACGCUACAUACCAGAAUACUGCCUUACUACAGGAUUUGAUUUUGUCUAAAAAAAUACCCAACUCUUCAUUUGUACUAUAUCGUUUUGCGAAUACAUCUCUUUCCGUGUUGGUUUCCUUCUACAAAGAGAUGUUUUCAGUGGCUGAUUGCAGAGAGCUGCUCCAAAAUAUGUUAAAUAUUUGGAGAUGUGGUAACGAUAGUUUAUCCAGAAGCUGCUACAUAUGUAUCUCAGAAGUUCGGUCGCUGUUGAUUCCUACUUUCACCGAUACUGGCAAAGAGAAUGACGUACUGAAACUUGGGGAAAGCUCGGCGAAGUCACUUCUAGAGUCAAUUCACCACUUUACAGAAAUUAUGGAUCAACACGGGUUCUCGAUUUCCAUUGAUAACGAAUACAUAACCUCCUGCGAAUCAAAUGAUUGAAGUUUUCCCCCUAAUCUUAUUCAUUUUAUCUAGCUUGCUCUCUUCACUUCUCUCAGUUUUCUUCAGUUCUUAAGUAUCUUUGAUAUCUUUGAUAUCUUUUAUAUUUUUUAUAUCUUUUGUAAGUAUGCAAAGUACUAAAAUCCAACUUUUAGGCACCGAGUGAGACUCAAGAAAAGACGAUGUCACGUGCAAGCAGACUAAUCAGAUGGAAACUCAUCGUGUUUUUGCAUUAUUUAAGAAGUCAACCAUAAAUGU